AUGGCUUCGCAACUAGGUGUCCAACCAUCUCUCGACACCAUUCGAGAGGUGCUGGCCUCUGCUAUCCAGUCGCCGAACCCCCCGAACCUCGUCCCCGUCUUCUCCUCCAUCUCCGCUGAGUUUCUGACCCCGUCGUCCAUAUACCUGAAAGUGUCCUCGAAGUCGAAAUCAGGGCUUUCAUUUCUAUUUGAGAGUGCCGCAACAACGGAGACAAUUGGGAGAUAUAGCUUCAUUGGUGCAGAUCCUCGAGAUAUCCUGCAGACCGGUCCAGGAUUCGGCGACGAAGUCGACCCACUUCCUGCUCUGGAGAAGGAGCUCGCCAAGAGCAGGGUUGCUACAAUCCCAUCCAUACAGCUACCUCCUAUGACAGGAGGGGCUAUUGGUUAUGUCGGCUAUGACUGUGUCAAGUACUUUGAGCCAAAGACCAGGAGAGACGACAUGAAGGACAUCCUCAAGGUUCCAGAGAGCUUCUUCAUGCUGUGUGACACCAUGAUCGCCUUCGACCACUUCUUCCAGGUUGUCAAGGUCAUAACGUACCUGAAGGUGCCGGCGAGCUUGAAUGACCUUGAAGCUGCGUAUGAGAAGGCAAAGACAGAGCUUCACAGGUUGGUGACAAUCAUCAAGAGCAAGGACAUACCAAUGCCGGAGCAGGGACCUAUAAAGGAGAGCCAAGAGUAUACCUCGAACAUUGGCCAGACCGGAUACGAGAACCACGUCAAGAAAUUGAAAGAACACAUCACAAAAGGGGAUAUCAUCCAGGCUGUUCCAUCGCAGCGGUAUUCAAGGCCAACAUCGCUGCAUCCGUUCAAUAUCUACCGUCAUCUGCGGAAUAUCAACCCGUCGCCGUAUUUGUUCUUUCUCGACUGCGUGGGCUUCCAGAUAGUUGGAGCCAGUCCGGAGCUGCUGGUGAAAGAGGAGCUGGGUCGCAUCAUCACACAUCCAAUUGCUGGCACGGUCAAGAGGGGCAAGACGCUGCGGGAGGACGAGGCUCUGGCGAACGAUCUUCAGAACUCGCUCAAAGACAGGGCAGAACACGUCAUGCUGGUGGAUUUGGCGCGAAAUGACGUGAAUCGGGUCUGCGAUCCACUGUCGACACGCGUAGACCGCCUGAUGGUGGUCCAGAAGUUCUCCCACGUGCAGCAUCUCGUAUCAGAGGUAUCUGGAGUGCUCCGGCCCGGUAAGAGCCGAUUCGAUGCCUUCAGGUCGAUUUUUCCUGCGGGCACAGUGAGCGGGGCGCCCAAGGUGCGAGCGAUGCAGCUAAUUGCGGAGCUAGAGGGCGAGAAGAGAGGGGUCUACGCGGGGGCCGUUGGGUACUUUGGAUACGGCUCCGUGGACGGCGAUAGGGAGAUUGAAGGGGCUAUGGAUACAUGCAUUGCGUUACGGACGAUGCUUGUGAAAGAUGGGGUCGCUUAUCUCGCGGCGGGCGGCGGGAUCGUCUUCGACAGCGAUCCCUACGACGAGUAUGUGGAGACCAUCAACAAAUUAGGUGCGUGCAUCCAAUAA